AUGGACUCUGAGGAAGGGAUGGAGACUGAGGAAAAAGAACUUGAAGCACCGGGAUUUCAAAAUCUAAAUAACCUCGUGGAGAACGAAGAAGCAGAACUUGUUUCAGAACGUAAUAUAGAAGCUGUUGAUAUUGCAAAUUUUAGUGAUGUAGAUGAUCCUACGACCAGAGAUGAUACAGCUGUAGCUGAGAAAAAUGCCGCUGAUGAUGUAGAGAAUAUUUCCACCUCAGACAAAGCGAAGACAAUAAUUGCCGGAAUUGAUGGAGCGCAAGCCGAUAUUAACGAGGGUAUAAAUGAAGACUCAUCAAAACCAGAAGAUAAUAAGGAAUUAGAGAAUGCAGAUAAAAGAGAACAAACUUUCGCUGACAAAACACAAGUUGAAAUGUUUGUGGGAGAGGUUUCUGAAGAUAGAGGUGAAUCACAUAUUUCAGAAAUUUCUAAGCCUGAAGAAGAUUUAAGCCUUGUGCCUCAUUUAUCCUCUAAAGAUACCAGUGAAUCAAGAGAUAAUGCAGAUGAUGAACUUAAGACCGGAGAUGAACUGAAAAAGCGUGAGGAGUUGAUGGAGCAGUAUACGCAAUCCGUAAAUGAGCUGAAGGCUGCUAGGGAGCUGAACCUUCAACUUCAGACUAAACUGGCUGAGUAUUUUAGGCGCAAGAAAGCUGAUGCCUCUGAUCAGCAGAGUAUAACAACAAGUAGUGGUGUCAGCGUAGUGGAUACUGGUGUGGACUAUGAGCAAAGAUACUCCAGAUAUAUUUCGAGUUUGGCAGAUCUUCAUCAGUGGUACGAAGAAAUGAAGGCUUCUUACAGUAAACAAAUUGAUGAGCUGCGAGAAAUGUGCGAUGAAAAGCAAAAAGAAGUUGACGAAGCAUACAAUGAGUUUAUGAACUUCAAAUAUAACAUAGGAAAGAAGGCACUUCAUAGUCAGACUGGCAAACCAAUAAAUCCCAAAGAACUUUCUGCUAUGUUUGAUGCCGAGAAGAAAAAAGAAGCUCUUGUAAGGGAAGUAAGACUGGAAAAUAUAAAGUUGAAAAAUGAAGUUUUGAAGGUAGAAGCGCUUUUAAAAUCAAAAGAAGAGUUGUCAGAGGGUCUUCACUUGAUCGAUUUUGAGCAGUUAAAGAUAGAAAAUCAAACAUAUAAUGAGAAGAUUGAUGAGAGAAAUGAAGAACUAAGUAAGUUGAGGCGAAAGAUUUCGAACACUGUUCAGAUUAUGACUCACAUUAAGGAGAAGCUUCAAUCUGUUCAGAACGAUAAUGCUAAACAAAAGAAGAAGCUUGAUGAAGCUGAUGAGGAGCUAACACUUAAUAGAGAUCGACUGACAAAAAUGAAACAGACCAGAGAACUGUUAAGAGCAGAAAACGCUCGACUUCGUCGGUCUUGUGGACUGUUAGGAAAAAAUGCAUUGUUGUUAAAUUAUGAGGAUUCUUAUGAUUCUGUAUUACAUAAACGGCAGUCUUUAGAUGAAACUAAGCAGCUUACUGCCAACUAUCAGCUCAAAACUCAAAACCUGGCUCAAAAGAUUCGAAACAUCCAGAAUAACAAGACAGGCUUUUGAUUUGUUUGCAUAACAUUAACACACUAAUUGGUUAAGUGUGGAGGAUUUUAGGACUAUUUGUCAUCUUAAGCAGAUGUUCUAUCCCUA